AUUUUAUGGACUUACAUGGUGACAGUAUUUAAAUUAAGUGACCAUGGCGCCAUCAAGCGGCGGCCACGAGUACUAUUACGUUUCAUGUCAGAGACGUCUGAUAGCAACAGUCUUGAGUUAAAUAGUUAUAGCUAUUCGGCUGAGCCGGGAGACACAAUAGCUACAACCAAAGAAGAGGAAUGGGUAACCCGUAAGAAGAGUGAGGUGACAACCACUAGACAGAUCGCUACUAGAGUUAAACGCGAGCUCCUGUUGGAGGAUGGUCGUAUUCUUAGCGACUCCGGGCCGAAGAUAUCUACCUCUGUUAAUGAGGACACACAUACUACAAAUUUUCAGCAGACAGAGCACCGUGUACCUGACGAAGAAAAGGGCGCCGAAGCACUUAAAAAUGAAGUUGACGGCCCCGUUGGGGCAUUGCCAGGCGGUGAGUCAGGUAUGGGUGGUGGCGAGAUAGCACCAGCUGGUGCAAAAGUCCUUACGACUUCGUGUGUGGUCGCCAAUCCUGAUGGAAAGGUGCGCGAGAGUUUCGACAGAAAAGUUCUCACUAAAAAUGUUACGGAGCGAGUUCGUGAAACUGAAGAAAGGUUCCACCGUGGUGACACUACGCAUGAGGCUCUCAUCACAGCUGUGAAUGAGACACCCGAGGAAGACAUCCGAGAUGCCCUGAAAUUUCAGACUGAGCAGCAAUUAGCGCUGGUACCUCGUGGACCAACGGUGGUCAGAGAUACUGUCGCUUAUAACACCACCAUCAACACAGAUGACACGGAGGAGUUGCGAGCGCUGCGACCGGACGGGACGAUCGUGACCGAGACUCGACACACGAAGGAACAAGAACGACUUUGCGACGAAGAGUUGUCAAAAGACGAGGCAAAGUCACUAGCAAGUGACAAGAGCAUAAUAGAAGAGACGGGUGGCACCGAACGAAGGAAGCGGGUGGAUCUUGAACGGAGCACAGAUCUGAUGGCGGGCGGUUUACGCGUCGCCACACACCUACACUCUCGUACACGCACUGAAGAAGGCGAGAGGGAAGGAAGACCAAACAUGGACGAUGAUUGGGAUAGUCUCUCAGUUCGUAUGCGACGACAGCGUCGUCUUCGCCACAACGAACACGAUAAAGAAUAUACGAAACGACCACUCGACUUCGACAUAGAAGAAGAGACUCGCAAAAAGGAAACGUCUAAGUGGCUCGAGAGUCAUUUCGGUAGCGAAUCGAGGUCAUCCCAUGAUUCCAUAGCUGAAGAGAUAGGACGAAGACCUGAACCUGCUUUCUAUGCCAAAAAUAAAGCAGCAGAAGACGAAGGUUAUUACGGGAAGACUUCGUCGGGACCACCACCGCCGGUAUACGGAGAUCGAGUCCUUCGUAAAACAAAAUCCUCUACACCUUCCGAUGAAAGAACAGUUCCGCCAGUGAAUAGAACCGGAGGUUAUUUCAAAGGUGUUGCUGAUUGGUCACAGCGACGUGCUAGUAAGCCUAGAAUGCCUGAGCCACGUAGCUCCUCUCCCUCGCCUCCAACAGUUCGUUCACCAUAUGCUAGCAAUGAUCGGUUAAAUGGUUCGUCACCUAGACACGUGUAUGGAAAACGUGAUUCGCCUCAAGGAAGAUUAUCUCCUAUCGGACGACGUAAUCCGCCUUCUCGAGACGAUUCCGCCUACGUAUCCUCAUCGACAAUGCAUAGUCCACCGCGUGGUUCGCCAUUCCGCCCUUUGGAAACCGAUCGUUCCUUCCGUGAACCAUCUGUGGAUGAUGAUUAUCGACCUGUGGCACCAGAAAGAAAACGACAUUCCAAACACAGGCUCUCUGAAGAACAGCGCUACGAUAGCGGUUACAGAAGUUCAUCUCGGAAUGAGAACUCAGGGCGUUCAGGUGAUAGCCGUGAUGAAGGGACAGCGGAGCCACCUCCCGAUUAUUCUCCCCCGAGAGACCGUCGCAGCAGCUCCGAUCGUGACCGAACACCGCCGCGUCGUCGUGAUCGUGAUGAACGUAAACAAAAUCAAAAAACCCGUUUCGCUGAUAGUGGACGACGGCCGUCUCCAGUUCGAAAAUCAGUGGGUUCCGCAAUUGGGAAUUCUAUUAGAAAGUUAGUUGGGAAGAUUCGGUCAGCAUCAGCAGAACGUAAAGCAAGGUGGCGUAACUCGCGUACGCCGUCGCCGGAGCAUUCGUCGCGAACAUACAAGCAGUACGGUGGUGAAUUGGCGCCGCCUGUCGCACCGCCUCACCGCUACUACCUUGGUGAGGACCCCUUCGCGCCCAGCAUUUACGGCCGAGAACAUAAGUACGAGGGCAGUUCGCGACGCGCUGCCGCUGUUGACGCCCGUGAUCAUCGAGACCGGGGUCAAUCUUCAAGUACGCUGGGUCGAUUCAGUCAUUCAACGAGUAGAUUGAACCCGAACAGUGAACCAGAAGAAGAUUAUACAAGAAGUGCACAGACAUUGCCACGAAAAUUGCACGAACGCAAAGAGAAACCCACCGAGAAGCCAAGUUCAAACAAGUAUUGGCAUAGACUGACUCCUAACAAACGGUCCAAUAGUGCUGUAAACAUAUCCAACAAUAUAUCGACAUCGCCGGACGGAAAAAUAAACGGUUAUCCACCUGGUCCAGCAAAGCCGGCUCGAACAUAUAAAGCACUUAACAGAAGCAAGAGUUUUGCUAUGGGAGCACCAGAACAGGAGACCCAUCCACGUUACAUAUCAGGUAUAAACCGUAAUUACUCUACCAUGUAUAAAUCAAACCCCCACUUGAGUCGGCUUGAUGAAACUCCAGAACAGUUAAAAAGUCCAGGCAUCGUAUCUAUAAUUAAUCGAAGUCAACGUGACCUCGCCGAUGCUGUUUCUCGUGAAACUGAACGUCGAAAGGAUGGAUUAUUUGGAGCUAGAUACGGAAAAACCACACCACUAUCUAAUGGGCAUACGAAUGGAUUUAGUAAAUCACACGAGAACACUGAUAAAAAAAAGAUAUUCUUAAAAGGUCUCCGUGAACGCGCUCCCGAAUUAUAUCAAACACUACACGCCGAUGACGAAUCAGAUGGUAGUAGGCUCUCGUCUCGUUAUGGUACACCUUCGCCGCAUUAUAAAGAACGUAUUAGUGAAGAACGAAAGACUUCUUUGUAUAAAACAGAUUCUUUGAAUAGAGAAACAAGUCCAUUUGUAUCGCGUUUGGAAACACGACUAAAAUCUCCAGCUCUUCGACGAGGUAGUAACAGCAGUGACAAUUUUUCAGAGACAUAUAGAUAUCAGACUCGGUCGGGGGAUCCUGAACGCCCAAGCAUUACGGAUACGGUUGAAACGGUGAGCAAGAAAAUAGUCCCAUCUAGAGAUGGGCGGUCUAAAGAAAUAAUUGAGUCGAGAGAAAUUAAUUCUGUUACCAAGAGCAGAGGCUACAAGGAGCCUACUACGAAUAUAAAAUACAUCGAGAAUGGCAUACGAUCACCGUUGGGAUAUGAAUUAAAAAAUGGGUAUACAGAAAGAAGAAGUAGUAAUUAUAAAGUAUCAGAAAAGAUUAGAGAUUAUUAGAAAUUAAAGGCAAUAACGAGAGAAGUUUAUUAUUAAACAUUGUAUGCCAUAUUUUUUAAUAAUAAUAUAAAUAAAAGUCAAAUGCGGACUGAGCCUUAUACUUUAGAUAUUGUAUAUCUGAACGGUAACUGCAUAAUAAUAUUAUACUUAUAACAAUUCUAUUUUAAGUAAGCAGCUUUUUGUUUUUAUGUAAAAAGUCAUGUAGCUUUACUAAUUAAAUGUUAGCCUUUAAUAUCCUAAUUCCGUCCAAUGUACGAAUUUUUAUUCAAAAUAGCUUAAGUAAUAUUAUUGACAAAUUGAUUGUGAAUAGACUUACGACACUCAUAUAUUGUAUGGAAUAACGAAAAUUAGUAAUUCAUGUAAUAAAUCAUACUUAGUGGUCGACUAAAGUACAUAUAUAAAUUGCACUAGUACCGUUAGAAAAAAUGUCUGUCUUUAAAUACAAAAAAUUAAUGAACUACUUUCGAAUAGUUUUAGAUUUAUUUCACUGAUAAAAUUAAUGGAACCGAGUUUAUAGUAAAUUCAACUAAAAGAGAUUACUUUUACAUUAGAAGUUUAAAGUUAGAACUUCAAAAUUCUGUUUUGACUAAAGAAUAUUUAAUACUGCAAUAUAUAAUAUUAUAUAUUGUAUUGUUUAUUGAA